AUAGAGUUUGAGUAGUUCGCUGCGCAGCAUUGCUCUGCGUUGUUGUGCGCUGCUCAGCUCUCUGCUUGUUUACUGAGGUGCUCAUUCGUUCAGAAGUGGUCGAUCGCGAAUGACGUGUGUUCUCGAUUUUUGGCGCGUUCAAUGAAAUGCUGUUGUCGUGCGCGCGCUUUAAAAUAUUUUUAAUGGAAAUUGAUUUUGAUUAAAAAGUGGCAGCCAAAUAAAUAAUUGAAAUUAAAAUUAAAUGCGUGUGAAAUUGGCAAGAAAUACCAGCUGUCAGAAACCAAUACACGAGCUUCCGUGUGUGUGUGUGACUGUGUUUAAAGUGUGUGUGUUGUCAGGGUGCGUGAAAAAAUGCACUAAACAAGAAAUCAAAGCAAAUUAGAAAAAAAAACAACAACAACAAAUAUGCCAAAUUAAGGCAGCACGAGUCGAACGCAAAAAUAAUACAAUAAAAAUUUUCUAAAAGAAAAACAAAUUGAAAUUCCGGUUCGCGCACAAACAUGCAAAAUACAAUGCAAACUUUUCCAGCAGCCGCCACUGCGGAUGCGUCGUCUGCGUCGCCGCCUGACUUUGAUUUCCAGAUGCCGUGUCGCUAUUUCAAAAGUUCUUUUGCGCGUUCGCUUUCGCUGAACAACAACAACAACAGCGCAUUAGCAUUGCCUAAGAAUUCGCCGCAAAUUGAGGCCAAGCAGCAGCAGCAGCAACAGCAAGAACAACAACAGCAACUGGAGCAGGAGCAGCAACAGGAGUUGCUUUGCUUAACGCCGCCGCCAGCGCUGCCUGCACGACGCCACACGACCAGCAACAGCAGCAUCUUGACACAUUUCGCUGCAGCGCCGGCUAAUCAGCUGCCAACUCAACAACAAAAUCAACAGCAGCAGCAACAACAACAGCAAUUCAAGCGGAAUCUGAAUCUUGCCCUCAGUUGGUCUUUGCAGGAUGCCAGUCAUGUUGCCGCACCCAACAACUUGCCGCAGCAAGCGGCUGCAGCAACGGAGCCAGCGUUAAAUGUCGAGGCUGUCAUAUUGCAAAAUCAGGUAUACACGCUGCAAUGGCAAUUGAAGCAGACCGAAACCAAUUGUGAAAUGUAUCGUGCUGUCAUGGAGGAAGUUGCUCGCUUCUUUGAGCGCUUUGAGCAGCAGCAACAGUUGCAGCAGCAGCAACAGCAACAGUUGCAGCAGCAACAACAGCAACGCCAACAGCCAACGAAUCGACACAGCUUAAGCGGCCUGGGCGAGCAAAUCUCGCGCUCAAAGAGUCUGCAUCAUGUGCAGGGUGUGCAGAGCGAUCCCAAUGGCUGCCUUGUAGAUGCAACUGGGGGCGGCAGCGGCUGCAGCAGCUCCACCGCCUCGGCCUCGAACUCCGCCUCGUAUCUGCGCGCGCGCAGCAGCACAAAUUUGAUGCUAAACAAAUCGAUGCUGACGAUGAACGAGGAGCACAGCUACGAGAGCAUUGCGCCAGCAGGCAGCUACAAUGCCUUCAAGGACUUUACCUGGCGCCGCUCCCCCAAGAAACUAGGCGGCUGCAAGUCGCGUUUGUCUUCGCCCGAGGCAGCCGAGGAGAAGCUCAAUCAGGAGGCAUUUCGUCUGGCACGCACCAUACGCAAUCUGUUGCACACAUCCCAGCAGCAGCCGGAUCUCACGAUGCUGCCACAUGGUGCAGCUGCCAACCAGAGACUCAGAAGCCAGAGUCAGAAAGCCAACUCUGCGUUGACGCUGCUGGCACCGCCACUGCUCAAUUCCACUAGCCUGGACGCAACGCUCAAUCAACCAGCUGACAACAACAAUACCACCAACAACAGCAACAGCAACAACAGCAGCAGCAUCAACAACAACAGCGCCACUUCGUCUGCUGUUAGCCCUGAACUCCUCUUCUUGCGCGCCAAUACGAUGCGAGAUUCUCGUCUAUCGCUGCGCAGCUCCACCGAUAGCUCUGUGCAUUCCACCAUCUCCUCGACGGCCUCGUCCUCGUCGAAAAUAGAAACCGAUGAAGAGAACCACACGGCCAGCAGCAGCAACAAGCAGAGCCCAACAGCUGUCAGCAACAAUCAGCACAAUGGCUCCAGCACAGAGGAUGAGAGCGGCUUCAGCUCGAUCAGCUCCUUCCAUGAUGUGGGUCUGCCGCUUAGCUCCACCUUGAUAGGCGGCAAUAGUUGCCGUCUCUCGGUCUCCACAGAGAGUCGCAACUCGACGCUGAAGUCGGCGCUGAAUGUGGUGGGCGUGCCACUGCAGCCGCAACAUUCGCCCAGCAGCAGCAGCAGCAGUAGCACCUUGAACUGCCAAUCGCCCGCGAAAACCUAUCGAAAUGCGAAUCGAUAUCAGCGCUUCUCCACGCUCUCCAACGAGGAUGCAGCCGCUGUGCUCUGGGUCUAGGCUGCACGCAUUUCGAACUCCAUUUUAAAAUUAAGUUUUAGUUAUUGUUUUUCCCUUUCGCUAGUGCCUGUCGUUUAGUUCGUAGCCGUUCCUUAAUGUUUAAAAUU